AUAAAGUGUAAAAACCAUUGCCAAUAUUUUAUUUGUAAAACUGUUUACUUAGCAUAUGGUAACAUACUUGCAUGAUGGAAAAAACCGCAAAUGAAAACCCACCGAGCGAUUAUCCGGUGUCUCAGCCGCAGUUUCAAACUCAGCAGCACCACCAGCAGCAACAGCAGCAACCACCGGCCUUCACUCAGCAGGCAGUUUAUUACGGACAGCCAGAAAACAAGGAGCACGCUGGCUACAUACAACCAAGCUAUGUCGGAGAACAUGGGCAGCAUGUGGAGACCCAGAUGUCCGAUGGCCCACCCUCGGUGUAUGAAUUAACAAUAAUAACUUCGAACAUUCCUCCUUGCUACUCGAACACACCCGCUGAUGCACCUCCCCCUUCAUAUCGUGACUCGAUGUACGGGAAAGUGACGGCUGCCAAACAGUCUUCUGGCGGGAAUGUGGACUUCUGCAAAAAAAUCAUGAUGAUCAUCAAUGGAUCAAUUGGAUGUGCAAUCACGCUCGCCUUUGUGUUGGUCAUUCCUAUAACAAUGAUAGUAAUGGGUGCUAUACACAGAAUUAAGAAUGACUGCCCAGCCGAGCGCAUGAUCCCCAUCUACCUGAUUGUGGGCGGAUCGUUUGGAAUCAUUAAAAUCCUCUCAAGUAUCCGGCAACGUUGCAAGAACAAGGACGAUGAAGAUAGAGAUGAGAAGAAUGCAAAUACGAACCUGUUUGACAAAACGAUAAACUUGUUCCUCUUUGCAUGGUUUAUUGCUGGGAACGUCUUGAUUUACCGCAUACACGGUGAAUGGUCCAAGGACCCCACACAGGCUAACUACUGCGAGCCGUCCCUCUACUGGUUUGCUUUCUGGCUAACGACCGCCAUGUACAUCCUCGUGGGUAGUAUGUUCUGCUGCAUUUGUUUGGCCACAAUGCUGGUUGCAUGUGGCUAAAUAA